GUCAUCUUUAGUUGCCGCCAACGUCACCAUAACGUGACGACUGUGAGCCGAGAAGAACGCGUAAACUGAGUGGGAAUUAACUGAGCCAAACUUUACUGAUUUUGUUUCCCCUUUGUCAAAGAGACCUUAGACGCUCCACACAUCGGGCGAUAUAUUUGGAUUUGAAUGAAUUUUCCAUGUUUUGACAUAAAGUAAAAGAAGACAGCGAAAACGACAAAUGGAAAUUCUGCGAGUGCUUGAGCUUUACAGUGGAAUAGGUGGGAUGCAUUAUGCUCUAAAACAGUCUGGAAUAUCUGGCCAAGUAGUGGCAGCCAUUGACAUAAACACAACUGCAAAUCAGGUCUACAGGCACAAUUUCCCGGGCACCCCACUCUGGAACAGAACCAUUGAGGGCAUAUUACUUGAUGAGUUUAAAAAUUUGCAGUUUGACAUGAUUUUGAUGAGUCCUCCUUGUCAACCUUUUACCAGGUUGGGACGCCAACGUGGUAUUGCUGACCCUAGAACAAAGAGCUUUCUCUACAUUCUUAAUCUUCUGCCAAGGCUGAGUCCGCUUCCCCGCUUUAUCCUGCUCGAGAAUGUCAAAGGUUUUGAGAGCUCCUCAGUCAGGUGUGUGGCGGCGUGGACUUCCAGCCAAGGAGGUGGAAGAGAGAUCCAUAGAAUAAGACCGGGAGUGCGUCAAAGCCAUGACCGAGCCCCAUCCACCGUCCCCGGACAGCCACCCGGCCGAGCGCCGGCCCUCGACUUCCAUCCACGGAGGCAGUAUUUUGUCCAAAUUCUGAUGGAAUGUGGCUACAUUUUCCAGGAGGUGAUGGUUUCUCCCACAAGUGUUGGGAUCCCAAAUUCAAGACUGCGUUACUUCCUGAUGGCAAAGAUUUCAACAGAAUCGAUUUCUUCAAAGUCAAAGAAGCGUCUGGCAGCGGCUUUCUUUUGUGUGUUUGCAUGUGGUAAAACGCUAGCAUCCGGCAGAAAACUGUCGUCACCAGGCGAAGCCCCUCCCCCUCCAGAAUCCACAGCCACUGGAGAACAGCCACUCGCAUCAGCAUGUCAAAACGCUCACAUGGAUUUACAAAUGUCACUGCUCCCUGCUGAAACUGAGUCCUCGGUGGAGCCUUCGCUUUCAAGUCCUCAAAAGCCAGUUACUAGUUCCCUGGAAAAAGAGGAAGAGAUGGAAGAUCGUGUCCUUUAUAAGCUUGAGACAACAAAUGAUGCUCAGAGAAAGUUGAAUCAAAAUAGGAAUUUGUCCAUCAGGCAGAUCCAAGACUUCCUUGAACCACAGGAGAAUGAUGACAUGGAUCAGUAUCUUGUUCCAUCUGAUGUAUUGCUGCGUUAUGCUUUAAUCCUGGAUAUUGUCAAACCCAUCUGCCGGAGGUCGAUCUGCUUCACUAAAGGCUAUGGACGGUAUGUGGAAGGAACUGGCUCAGUAUUGCAAUGCGACCUGGAGACAGAGAUCGAGUGUGUGUUUAAAAAUCUGGACCAAUUCUCGGAAGAAGAAAAACUUCAACAACUGCAGGGACUGAAGCUUCGUUAUUUUACCCCAAGAGAAGUCGCCAACAUAAUGGGCUUCCCAAAAAGCUUUUCUUUUCCAGAUCAAAUCCCCACCAGGCAGUGUUACAAACUUCUAGGAAACAGCCUCAAUGUUGUGGUGGUGACAAGACUGCUACACCAGUUGCUCUCCAAGUGGUGAGCAAUGGAGGCAAAUAAAGUUGCCAUUCCAGAUUACUUCCACCGAUCACCACCAAGAUCCACCGCGUUCUGGCUGAAGUCCUCACGCCCCGCCACUGCUGCCCCGCUCCUGACUCUGAUCAUCCCGCUCUACCUCACCGCAGCUCCUCCAAUAAACACUCCUAACUCAUUCUGGACAUCUGAGUUGGUUUUUCUGCAUGUGGGUCAAAUCAGUCAUUACAACGAUGACGGAACACUCAGGCCAAUCAGACGCGCCCUCGCGGAACAACAAUACCAACUCCAAUCCCACGAGUCCACUCUCCAAGCCCUCCUGGAGCAGCAGCAGCGAACCAAUGAUCAGCUGGAACAAGUGACCAGAUUGCUCCAAAACACCCAGGUCAGAGAAACCCCCUUACCGCCAGUUGGCGCCUCAAGCUCUUCCGCAUCGCUGCCGAGUCUGCACUUUGGCGAGGUUCGUUCCCCUCAUCCGGAGAAGUUCUGAGGAGAAGGUCGUAAUUGCGGAGGUUUCCUCCUGCAGUGUUCGUUAGAUUUUAAUCGGUCUCCCCAGUCUUUUUCCCACAACGGAGCUAAGAUCUCGUUUAUUUUGGGACUCCUCACGGGCAAGGCGCUGCGAUGGGCAGAAGCCCGGUUUAGCUGACUGCAGGCAUUUUGGCUGUUCUUACGAGGAGUUUUUGGAGGAAUUUAAGCAGACCUUUUCAACCGAGACCGAUCAGACCGGUGUGUCUCGCCGGUUGUGGGGGCUUAGGCAAGGGAAUAGCACCGUGUCAGAUUUCUCCAUUGAGUUUCAGACGUUAGCAGCUGCGUCCGGGUGGGGCUCUGUAGCCUUGAAAACGUUUUUUUUUUCAAGCCUUAAAUGAGUCCUUAAAUGACGAAGUGGCAGUCCUGGAAGAACCAGGGACUUUGGAUGACCUGAUUUCCCUGGCCAUUAGGUUGGACAAUUGAAUUAGGGAGAGACGGAGAAGCUCCCGAUGGGAGCGGACGGAGGAGAGAUCACAGUUUUUAACCAGGCCUAGUCUGCCCAGGCGAUCGCCUAGCCAGUCCUCUCCAGAACCCGAGGCCAUGCAGAUUUGUCGGGCCCGACUCUCCCCGGAGGAGCUGUAGCGGCGCCGCGAGUCUCGACAGUGUCUGUACUGCGGCUCCCCGGAUCAUUUCAUUGCCUACUGUCCAGUUCGACCAAAAGAGCGGGUCCGACGGUCAUGAGGGGAGGACCGCCGGACCAGCCGACAAGUGUUAAGUCUCCUCGCUUCUCCCUACCCGCCAUGAUGUCUGUGCACAACCAUCACUACGAGCUAUCCGCGCUGGUCGACUCGGGGUGCGAGAGAAACUUGAUCGACCAGGACUUUGUCUCCCGAGCCAAAGUCGAGACGGAGCCCCUCCCUACGCCUCUCGCUGUCUCUGCCCUGGAUGGGAGAGGGUUCUCUUGCAUAACCAAAUGCACCAGACCCGUGGAGCUAGUCAUCUCUGGCAACCAUCGUGAAGUAAUUUCCUUUUAUGUCUUCCCCGUAAAACAGUCAGCUCUUGUACUUGGUUUCCCCUGGCUCCAGAGACACAACCUGGUCCACGACGUGCUUGUCCUCUUGUCUUCAGUCUGCCGCGUCAUCUCGCCCGCCCUAGUAGCAUCCGAGGAACCUGGGCUGAUUGACCUUUCACAGGUGCCCAGAGAAUACCAUGACCUAAGACAGGUUUUUAACAAGAGCAAGGCUUCAUCUUUACCACCACAUCGCCCCUAUGAUUGCGCCAUAGAGCUUCUGUCCGGAGCUCCGCUACCGUCCAGUAGACUCUACAAUAUCUCAUGCACUGAAAGACAAGCUAUGGAGACUUACAUCAAUGAAUCACUGGCCGCUGGCAUCAUUUGCCCGUCCCCCUGGGGGCAGGUUUCUUCUUUGUGGGCAAGAAGGAUAAGACUCUCCGCCCUUGCAUUGACUACCGUGGCCUCAACCUCAUCACCGUCAAAAACAGGUAUCCUCUUCCCCUCCUUUCAUCAGCAUUUGAACCAGUCCAGGAAUCCCCCAUCUUCACCAAGCUCGACCUGCGUAAUGCAUAUCAUCUGGUCAGGAUCCGCCAGGGAGAUGAGUGAAAGACCGCUUUCAAGAGCCCGCUAGGCCACUUCGAGUGCCUGGUCAUGCCUUUUGGACUUUGCAAUGCCCCCACAGUUUUCCAAGCCUUAGUCAACGAUGUCCUUCGGGACUUCCUCAACAUAUUCGCCUUUGUCUACCUUGAUAACAUCCUCAUCUAUUCACGGAACCCCUCCGAACAUCGCCAUCAUGUCCGCCUGGUGCUGCAGCAUCUCCUGGAAAAUCGCUUAUUUGUCAAGGCUGAGAAGUGCGAGUUCCACAAACAUUCCGUCACAUUCUUAGGAUUCAUUCUCGAGGGAGGUCAGGUUCGGCCUGACCCCGACAAGAUCAAGGCCGUCCUGGACCGGCCUAUUGCAGAGAACCGGAACCAAUUCAUCGAAGUCAAUUCAUCCGCAACUACAGUCAGACAGCCACUCCCCUAGCAGCCUUGACCUCAACCAAGACAAAUCAAGAAGCCAACGCCACGUUCAUCACUUUAAAGGAGAAGUUCUCACAGGCACCAAUCCUGAUUCAUCCAGAUCCCAGCAAACAAUUUACCCUGGAGGUUGACUUUUCCGGCAGUGGAGCAGGGGCUAUCUUGACACAGCGCUCGGAGCGCCCCUGUGCCUUUUUCUGUCGACGUCUGUCACCCGCAGAGAGGAAUUAUGAUGUCGGUGACCGGGAACUUUUGGCCAUUAAAGUGGCGCUUGAGGAAUGGCCAGUGCCCACUGGCUGGAGGGCACUGAGCAACCGGUGCUGGUCUGGAUCAACCACAAGAACCUGUCAUAUCUACAGUCCGCCAAACGCCUGAAUCCUCACCACUCUCACUGGUCCUUGUUUUUCUCUCGUUUUACUCUGUCCAUCCAUGCGCUAAGCCCAAGCUCCCAGAACACGAAGCCAGAUGCCUUGUCCCGCCAAUUCGCUCCCGGCGAGUCUGUAGAGGAACCAGCUGCCAUCUUUCCCCCCAGUUGUACCAUAGGCUCCCUCUCCUGGGAUAUCGAGGGGCUCAUUGAUCAGGCUCAGCUACAAGAACCCGAUCCAGGCACAGGGCCACGGGCAAAGACCUAUGUUCCUUCCUCAGUCCGUCCUCGCCUAAUUAACUGGUUUCAUUCGACCAAAUUCUCAACCCAUCCUGGGACCAGCCGCACCAUCGCGUUGAUCACCAGACGCUUCUGAUGGCCAUCCGUCAGGGAAUACGUUCUCGCCUGUCCCAUCUGUGCUCGCAACAAGUCCUCCCAUAGACCCCCUGCUGGUCUUCUACAGCCUCUCGCCAUACCCAACUCCCCUGGUCUUUUGUCACUGGCCUGCCCAUUUCACAGGGAAUGACCACCGUCGUCGACCGUUUCUCCAAGUCAUGUCUACCGCUCAGAAAACUCCCCUCUGCGUUCCAGACAGCUCGGCUUCGCAUCAAACACGUAUUCCGUCUCCACGGUAUCCCGCAGGAGAUCCUGUCUGAUCUAGGUCCCCAGUUCAUAUCCCAGGUGUGGAAGCAGUUCUAUUCAGCCCUUGAUGCGAAGGUCUCCCUGACAUCGGGCUACCAUCCCCAGAUGAACGGGCAGACUGAGCGCUUGAACCAGGAGCUUGAGGCCGCGCUCCGAUGUCUCUGCUCCGAUACCCCGUCCGAGUGGAACAAGUUUCUCCCCUGGGAAGAGUAUGCCCACAACUCUCAUGUCUCCUUUGCCACAGGACUCUCCCCGUUUGAGAUUUCAUUAGGUUAUCAACCGCCGCUGUUCCCGGCCGACGAGAAGGAGAUCGCGGUCACGUCUGUUCGCCACCAUAUCCGACGCUGCAAGAGUAUUUGGUCAAACGCCGUCAAAGCCCUUUGUCGGUCGAUCGAACAGAACCGCAAGUAUGCCGACUGACGACGCACGCCUGCCCCUCUUUAUUCCCCAGGUCAGAAGGUCUGGCUUUCCUCCCCCUCAAAUCUGUGACCAGAACCCCGCUUCAUUGGGCCAUAUGAGAUCCUGGCAGUAAUUAGUCUGUCUCCGUCUUCAUCCGAGCCUCCGAGUCCAUCCCAGCUUCCACGUCUCUCAGAUAAAGCCAGUCGAGUCCAAGGUGCAUCUUCCCCCGGUCGUGCCCGCGCCUCCUGCCCGGUCGUGGGUGCCCCGUUCCUACAGCUGCGACCCUGCCCUCGUCUCGGACUACUGGUCGUCACUCCCUUAUUCCUACUUCUGGGCCGCCCGGGGGCAGCCGUUGAGGGUGGUGGUGGUGGUCGGGGGGGGUUCAGGGCCCGGCCGGGGUGGCAUGUUUCUUUAAUCCACAGGGAGCAACUGUGAGCAGAGUGCAGAGGGCCCAGGUGUGACUCAUCAGGCUCGUUAAGGAGUGCUCUUAAGGAGCAUGCUGUCGACUGCUCGUCGCCUGAGUGUCCCUACCAGUGUGAUCAUCUCCCUGGUUGUGCCUCUAGCUCCUCGAUCUUGCUCCUUGAUCUUGCUCCUUGAUCUUGCUCCUAGUUCUCGCCUUGCUCAUCCACGCCACGCUCUUCAGAUUCCUCUGGUUUGCAGUAAGAUCUCCGCCACAGUCGCGUUGAUUCCUCUGACCAGGUCUUGUGCAUCCUGC